UCGGUUCGGGCCAGUCCCACCGCUGGCACGCGGCCCCGAGCCCCGCCGUCCUUGGCGCUCGCAGCAGAGGCAGCCCCGGGGGCAGGGCUCUCCUCCAGGCGCCCGAGGGCCGCGAGCGCAGGACCGCGCCUCGGAAGCGGUGGAAGAGUGGGGCCCCAGGUGUCCUCGGAGAACAUGUUAGCUGUGCACUUCGACGAGCCGGGAGGACCCGAAAACCUUUACUUGAAGGAGGUGGCCAGGCCCAGCCCAGUAGAGGGCGAAGUCCUCCUGAAGGUGGCGGCCAGCGCCCUGAACCGAGCCGAUUUACAUCAGAGACAAGGCCAAUACGCCCCACCCCCAGGAGCCAGCAGCAUUUUAGGACUGGAAGCAUCUGGACACAUAGCAGAGCUGGGGCCUGCCUGCAAGGGGCACUGGAAGAUUGGGGACCCAGCCAUGGUUCUGCUGCCCGGCGGGGGACAGGCUCAAUAUGUCACUGUCCCUGAAGAGCUCCUCAUGCCCAUCCCAGCGGGACUGACCCUAUCCCAGGCUGCAGCCAUCCCAGAGGCCUGGCUUACCGCCUUCCAGCUAUUACAUCUCUUGGGAAACGUUCAGGCCGGAGACUCUGUGCUAAUCCAUGCCGGAGCAAGUGGUGUGGGCACAGCUGCCAUCCAACUGGCCCGGAUGGCUGGAGCUAUUCCUCUAGUCACAGCUGGCUCCCAGCACAAGCUUCAGAUGGCAGAAAAGCUUGGAGCAGCUGCUGGAUUCAAUUACAAAGAAGAGGAUUUUUCUGAAGCAACACUGAAAUUCACCAAAGGUGCUGGAGUCAACCUUAUUCUAGACUGCAUAGGUGGAUCCUACUGGGAGAAAAACGUCAACUGCCUGGCUCUUGAUGGUCGCUGGAUUCUCUAUGGCCUGAUGGGAGGAACGGACAUCAGUGGACCUCUAUUUUCAAAGCUACUUUUUAAACGAGGAAGUCUGAUCACCACUCUGCUGAGAUCUAGGGACAAAAAGUACAAGCAGACGCUGGUGGAGGCUUUCACAGAACACAUCCUGCCCCACUUCUCCACGGAGAGCCCCCAACGUCUACUGCCGGUGCUGGACAGGGUGUACCCCGUGACUGCAAUCCAGGAGGCCCACGCGUACAUGGAGAGUAACCAGAACGUGGGCAAGAUCGUCCUGCAGCUGCCUCGGUGAAGGAGGCCCUGGAGAAAGCCCACGGUCCGCAGGAAGGAGAUCAGACCGGGCGCGACCGCAGGCCGCCCCGGAACCCACUGGCCCACCUAAAGCCCAUCUAAGGAAAUAAAGAGUAGACGCGAA